CGCUCGGCCGCUCCGACAGCUUUGAAAUCGCCACUUCAGUUGCACUAAGAUGGACGGCGGAGCGUACGGCGGUGGAAAGGCUGGGGCACCUUUCGAUCCGAUCGCGUUCGUCCAGCGGCCGCAGGUUAUUCUGAGAGCGGUAUGCCUGCUUUUUGCAAUAAUCGUCUUCGGAUGUAUAAGCAGCAAGGGUUACCUGCCGAAAAAUGGGAAGGAAGUUUGUCUCUACAAUGACGACAAUAACGCAUGCAAUUAUGGAGUCGGCAUUGGUGUGCUGGCGUUCCUGGCCAGCAUUGGAUUCCUCGCAGGCGAAUACCUGUUCGAACAGAUGUCCUCCGUCAAGACUAGGAAACACUUCGUCCUUAUUGAUUUAGGCUUCUCGGGGUUCUGGUCUUUCCUCUAUUUCGUGGGAUUCUGCUACUUGACAAACGCAUGGAACAAUUCCGAUAAACCACCGGGAGACUAUGGCGUGAAUAAUCUUCAGGCGGCUAUUGCGUUCUCGUUCUUCUCAAUCUUUACUUGGGCUGCUUGUGCUUGGUUCGCGUUUCAAAGAUUUAAGCAAGGUACUGACGCAGCAUUCGCUCCGAGUUACGAGGCGGACCCCGUGGGUGGUACAGGAUACACAAGUUAUCCCGAUGCCACUGAUACUGCUUACCAGGAGCCGCCGUUCGGCCAGCAACAGCCGCAGCAGCGGGGUAUGGGUGACUUUCAAGCCCCAGCUUACUAGAAGUCAUCCAUAGUCAAUACCAAAAUGUAUUUCCAUUGGAUGCACAGCGAGCUACUUACGAAGGAAGGUGAUUUAGGAUAAUUUUUCAGAACAAGAUAUAUUGUUUCCCCGCAUCUACUUGUUUUGCUUAAAGGUAAUUUUCACCUUAUUACGACGCGAUUAUUAUCUCGAUAUUUUUCCAUAAAAUUCUUCCGAUAAAGUUUUUGCAUUAAAAUGCGUGAAUUUUUACUCGUGAUUUAUCUUGAGGACCGUCAGACUACGUGAAUUCCUCUCGUAAUAGGUGAAGCACCAAUGUACAGCGCGGAGUAACGGCACAUUAAAUUGCAUUUUUCUUUGCAGACUAAAGAACUUCAUUCGCUGAUAGGUCGCUGGGCAGCGCGUUGGUCGUAGAGUAAGUUUUCAUGGCAAAGAUGUAGAGGGAAGUUAUUUGUUAAACUGUGCUUCUUAUUGUUGACCACUUGUAAGUUACACUUAUUAUCCGUACGCCCGAUGUCACAAGAAGCGUUAAGUGUAUCUAAGGUAUGUACGUCCUGUACGCUUGGACACGCGAAUUACGACGUGCCGGUGGCACUACUGCAGGCCGCCUGUAAGGAAGUAAAUGAUAUGAUACCUUGUAACAAGUAACUAUAGCAACUCUCCGUAAUAAGUAAGAACUUAGUACGUGCACAGGCUAUGUAUAUUUUAAACGUUGUAACGUGUUCAUAGUAAACGCGACUUAAAUACAACAACAGUAAUACAAUAUGCAUUGCAUUAUCAUGCAAUUAGUGUUAAAACGAGAGAUCGAGCUACGCGAGGCGUCUAGGGGAGUCGGGGUGGCUUCAGUUCCGAAAUAAGUCGGCGCAUGUUUUGAUAUUAGCCAGACAAUACUUAAGUUAUAUUUCUUUAGUACUUAAGUUACCAAUCAUAUGUCCGUUGCGGUGUAACGGAGGUAUAUAUUUCUUGCAGCGUUAUACCGACGUCUUUGCACUAACCGUGAUGAAGUAACGAGUAACAAACCAAAGUUUAUUAAUGUAUAAGUUCAUUACAGCACUCAAGUUGUGUACACCUGCAUAACUCGUGCAUAAAUUGUCCACGGUGUUUGCUAUCGCUAUGAAUAUAUACGUUAGAUUUUUCUAUUUCAAUCCUUCUCGUCACGAAACUCUCGUCCAGUAAUCAGUAUGUAAAUCGACAACCCGUCUUCGUUACGAAGAAGAAUUGUAAAUUCCACAAAUGGACACGCCCCAAAGAAGGAAAUUUAACAUUUGUAAAAUUUUAUUCAGUUAUUUUCUUGAUACUAACGAUAUUACUAACGAUUAAUGAUUAUUUAUGUUUGAUGUACAAUCUCAGGAAGAUAUCCAAUUAUAUCAGAUUAUUUAUUUAUUUAUGUUACGUAUAAAUGUGUUUUAUUUAUUUAUGCAUUUAUAUUUAACGUGGAUGUAAAAUUUAGUGUGUAAUGUCUAGGUAUACUGCGUUACUAAACAUGCGUAGAAAUUUGAAUUGGUAAUAAUCGUGAGAGUGCAAAUUAACAGGAAAUAUACGCGUGUGAUAAGUUAUUUAAUAAUUCUGGAAGAUGUCACAUCGUAUAUGCAUAUAGUAAUCUUGAAUCGGCAUGUUGGAACAAUGACUUUGUUCGGAGCAAUAAAAGUAUUACAUAUGUACUUAUGACAUACACUUUAAGUUGUGAUCAAUAUUUGCCAUUUAUUUGAUCAUUUUCUCUUUGUUGUAUUGUCAAGCAAUUCCGAUCACCGAUAGAAACUCACGGUAACUUAAUAAUUUAACAAUUCAGCUGAGAGAAUUAUACAUUCUAGGCAUAUGGUGCGAACUGUACAGUUGAGUGCAAGAGACUUUUUCAUCUCGGUUUGCAUAAUAACGUCGUCAGAACUUCUCCUCGAUUAUUCCAGCUUUUUCUAAUAGUUUCAAUCUAGUUUGCAUAGUUCUCUUGAAGAAGAUGCAUCUAUUGACUUAACCGGUAUUCAGAUAAUUUGGAGAACAUAGUUUGUGUAAAAUGUUAUGUAAAGUGCAAUAAUAAUCAUUACAUGUAUUCCUGGUAGCCCGAAAAAUAUCAUCCCUUUGGAUAUGCAGAACUAAUUAUAUUGAGGAGAAAUAUCCUUUUUUUUUAAGUUUUACACGAAUUGUACUGUUUUCCCAUUUCAGUCAUAUUCGUGCUGCACAUUCAAGGGGCUGGAUUCGUAGAUGUUCGCUCUUUUCAAAAUUGAGCUCUCAAUCUCUCCAAAAUCUCGACCCUUCUAGGUGCAAAACCUCUCUAUAUAGAACGUAACUGAUAACACUGUCGACCAGGAAAUAGUGAAAAUACAUAAAUCGCAGCAUUGUCAGCAGCAUUCCACCAAGAAGGGUUGAGGCAAUAACAAACACAGUCUAAAGUCUCAUUCUUUACCGCGUGAAAGACGAUGCGAUCGUGCUUUCGAUUCCGCCUGCGAAAUCGGAAAGCAGUGCCGAGUAAUCGUACUCGAUAGAGAGUGUAGUAUUGUCGAGGUGUCUAUUACGAAGGUGUAAAGGAAUAAAAAAUGUGUAUCAAGAUGUGGGUAUUGAUAAAAUGAUAACUAAAUUA